AUGGUGGUGUCCAGAGCCGCAGUGACUGAAGUGGUUGCAUUGCUGACAAAUUUGGAUGCUGAAGCAGCAUGUGAUGAUGCACAGAUCAGGUCGGCAAUCGCAGAAACACGGGAAGCCUUGGGGAGAGCUCCCCUAUCCCGUGUGAGUGACCAGAAGCGACACUUGAGGAAUGCGUUAGUCCCUGGCAAGAACUUGUUGUUAGACGUCCUUGGGGGCAAAGCAUUAGGCUUGGAUGCAGAGGAAUGGUCUUCAGCGCUCUGGGAAUACUACAAGUCUUCUACUGGAGGCACCGCCUCUGGCCAGGUAUGCAAUGCGAUCAACGACGACGAAGACCUUUGGGACGAAGUGAUUCAGUCAACCUUGCCAGAGACUUCCGGUCAGGUUGUGAUGCAAACCGGCGUGUGGUGGACUUCCCGCCGUUUUUGUGCCAUGGCAUGGAUGGCGCUAGCAGUUGUGCUUUUCUGUUUCGCAGGAGGAGAAUGGUCCGCUCGAACGAAGGUGGCUUUCGGAGGCAGUGCAAGUGUCUGCCUUGUUUUGGCAGAUUUGUGGCGGCGCUUCGGCUGGGAGUAUGCAUGGAUAUGUACAGAUGAGCAGCUGGAGAUAACGUCACCUGCAGUGCCAGCUGCGGCCCAUCAAGCCAUGCGGGCGAGCGACGAUCCUGUUUCCGAAGCUUCUGCGUCAGCUGAUUUGAAGCUCGAGAAUGAACGCUUGCGAAAAAUGGUGGAGGACUUGCGAGCGCAGGGGACGGAAUCAGGAAUCCCGCCACCUCCGCCGCCGGGCGCACCGCCGUUUCCUUCGAGCCACGCGGAACCUGUGUCACAGAACAACGCCGUGAUGACUGCUUUCCGUGCGUUCGCACAAGACAGCAACGUGGAUGGUCCGCUUUCGUUGACAGCAGUUCAGCAAGCGUCACAGCCCAACAAUCCGGAGAUGGCAUCGAAGAUUUUUUCACCCACGCUGGCGAUUGAGUUCCCGCAAGGUGCAGCCGUGCGGUUCACAGAAGAUGCCGUGCCUUCCUCAUUGCGGGGUCUGCGAGGCGAAAUCCUUGAACGCAUGACGGAUGGAACUGCUCGUGUGCGGUUGGAUGGUGGAGCAAUCGUUCAUUCAGUUCGCGAUGCAUUUCUUCUUCCAGACAUGCGCCAGGGACCGCAACCAGCUUCAUCCGAUCGACAACAUAACGUGAACCCCUUGUUGGACGACACGCAGUUGAAAGCACAGGCUUCCAAAGUGCAUAAUGCUUUGGAAUCAUGGUCAAAGCAGUCGUCCAGCGUGCCACAUUGGCCGCGACUGUUUUGGGAAGGCGUGGUGCAAAUGCAGAGCAACGAGCCACUUCAUCGAGAUUUGCUGCGUGUACUGCAAGCUCACGGUUAUGUGGGAGAUGCGACGAUAUCUGCGCCGCGGACGGAUGCUUUGUUGAAGCAGUUGAAAGAUCUUGGGACUCCCGCGCCGACUGCCGGGUCAGCCGUCGAGUUUUUCUCAGGGCAAAGGAUCACGCCAACAGCUGCUGGACUUGGUGACAUUUCAAGCUGGCACAGCAAGCUUCCAAGUGAUCAUCAGUACGCAGGGCCGGAAAUAUACAGGUCAGUACUGGCAUCGGGCGUGCGGUGUAUGCGGGACUACGUGAACCAGUUUUUCCCAAUCGAUGCUCGUGCGCACAGCAAUGAGUACCUUGAUUUAUUUACACAAGCAUCCACCAUCGAUUUCGCGUUGGCCAAAGCAGCUUCAGAUGACGAAAUUUUGGAAACCCUGGGAACCAAUGACCAGCUAGAGAUUUCACUCCUGCGUACGUUCACAAGAAAAGAACUGGCGAUGCGGAUGCCGCAAUGCGCAUUCUGGCAGUGCAGCCCCCCGGGUCAGGCACUGACAUUGCCCCUCAUUGGCUUGUUACCGAGGCAUCGGCUUACAGUCAAGCCGAAUACAAGCGACGUGAAAGGGCAAGAGCUCAAAAGGGGCCUGGCGCGAAAGGGGCUGACAAAGGAGCUGGAAAAGGCAAGGGCCGGGGUGGCGCAAAGAGCCACCCGAAGGCUAAAGCAGACAAAGUCCCACAUGUGCCGGGUUGACUCCCGGCACCGGCCCAGCAGCCACAUCGGGCACCCUACAAGCCUGCUGGGCCCACUCGAACAUGGGUGCCCAUAUCGAGUGCAACAGAGGUUGACACCGUUGCCGGUCCCACCGAGACCGGUCAAGAGUGACAGCACUUCCUCACGCAUCAGACGCCGCCAUCAAAAACGCAUGGAGGUGUGGAAGAUUGCUGUCAAAAUGAUUGCAGUUGCGAACGGCUUAGAUGAUGGCAAACCUCUUGCAGACCGCACGCCAUCGCUGGCCAAGACUCCUUCGAUUGAUCAACACAGGCCAGCGGUCAAGCAAGCAGUAGCUACGAUUCUCUCCGAGGCUGCUCGCUUUGCUAAGGCGCGCCGGUGCUUAGGCACGACAGGCGCCCACGGGGCUCCUCAAGAGCCCUUUUCGGCAGCAACGCAGCUGGUAAAAUUUGCACAAGCUGAUGGUGGGUAUGUCAGAAUGAAGAAGAACAGAGUCAAUCAAGUACCCAUCGUGGCCAAUUCGAUUGAUGAGCCCAAAACAAACCAUGUAGUUCCUAUGCUUCAAGCUCUGCCACCGCAAGAGGCUGAACAUUAUGCUUUGGAGACGAAUGUAGUUGACACCGCAGGAAAGUCCAGCAUCAUUUUUCGCGAGAUUUCGGAGCAGUACGGUUUCAUUGGAGGGUCCAUGGAAGAAUUUGUGUCGUAUUUCCAACGGCCAGACUUGCCUAAACAAAUGUGGCGCUGGGCGCCCUGGGCGAGCUGUCGCGCGGUAGCAGGUUUCACCGUUGUGCCGAAGAAGGACCCAUCCAAACUCCGAAAACUGCUGAUGUGCUGCCCCGCCAACUACAUGUUCGAAGAUCCGCGGUACAGAGCUGAAUUAGGCAUGGGAGGAGGCGGAGCAAUCACCAGGAUCCAUAUUCCUUCGGACAACUUGGCAUGCUCCGCAUGUGAUGAAAGUAAUGCUUUCACGUAUGUCCUCACACCGGAGUGGUUAUGGCCAUGGUUUUCUACUCCACCGAUUCGGGCAUUCCACGUGUGGGACUGCCUCCCAGACGAUUUUCCAUCCCAGAUUGAUGUAACAACUUUGGUUUCUGCGCAGUACAUGCGGCUUCCAAUGGGCUGUACUCAUUCGGUGCACAUUCUGAUGUUGAUCAAUCUGCGCUACAUUGGAAUCACUUUGCUUGCAUCACAACACUUGAAUGUGAACCGUGCAAACCGUCAACGGGCAGAGGGUUUGGCUCAUUUGCAUGCGGCUCCAACGCACGGCGAUGCUGAUGCCACGUGCCUUGCGACGGCAGCAGGCAGGGAUUCCGAAUGCUCGCCGGAAGAGUGGAUUGAGAUACUGCGGAGUGCACGAUCUUCCUCAUUCCGAGUGUUAGUAGUCUUGUUAUGCUUCAUGGGUGAUCGACGUCAUGGUGACAUCUGUGAUUGGCUGGAAACCAUGGCGCAAGCGCAAGGCCUCACUCUGCUGGUGAUCUCCGCCGAUGUGGCCAUUGACAGCAGGUGGGAUUUCACGAACCCAGCUCUUGUGCACAAGUUUCUUGUGGCGGCUCAUGAAGGAUUGAUUGACGUGAUUGGGGGCAGUCCUCCGAGCGGUACUUUGAGCGAUACAAGAGUCAAUGAUUCUGUGACAGGGCUUCGAUUCUUGCGGAGCCGGGAACGCUUUUGGGGAUGUCCAGGUCUCAAUUCUGCAGAGCAAACACAGAUCAGAAGAACGAAUGCUUUGUUUGUGAAUUUUCUGGCAAUGGCUGAAGCUGUGUGUGCAGCUGGCGGAAAGUUUUUCCUUGCUCAUCCGGAUGAUCCAGGUGAGGCUCCGCAUCCAAGUUUGUUUGUCACCGCGGAAAUGCUGGAGUUUGAAGGUCGUGUUGGAGCGAUGCGAGCACAUCAUCAUCAAUGCGCUUUCGGAGGUGCGGACAUGAGCCCCACAUGCAUUUCGACAAAUUGUUCCCAGGGGUUUCGCUUGGAGGGUUUAUGGUGCCCAGGGCAUCUCGAACAUAGUUCCGAAUGUCAGCGUUAUCAACGCAAGUAUGUUUCCGAAUAUGCGUAUGCCAUUGCCGACAUGGUGUUUCAUGAGCUUCGCUAUCUUGCACACAACCAAAUUGGUCCUACGAGUUCUGCGCAAAGUAGCCACUUAGCCAAGAAGGUUUCAUGUUAUGGGUCACGAAUGGGGUCCGCUACAUCACCAGCUAUUUCCAUUCUGAACGAGGAUAUCUGUUUGGGGAGGCAUGUACAUAUACACGAUCACCAAGGGGCGGUCUAUCUUCAUGUGGAUGAUGCAGUGACCAUAUCAACAGGAACCAGUUCGGACAUUCAUGCCGAUCGUGUGAUGCAUUUUCUGGCAGAGGGGCUGGAAGAUGCAGGCUUUAUUGUGCCCGAGCGUGUGCAGGCCGCAGACGUCCAGAAGGUCGUGGGUUACCAGCCCGUAGCGAGGCCAGCUCGAUUCAAACUGCCAGAUCACAAAUGGGCGCUGCUCGCUGAUGCCUUGAAGGAGCUGGCAGUGCCAGUUUGGAUAGAUGUGGAGGUGUUGCGAGCUGUGCUUGGGGUGUGGGUGUUUGCUGCUUUGCUAAACAGAGAUUUGCUGAGCAUACCGCACGCAGUUUAUCGGAUGUUGGAUGCCCACCCAAAUGAGACUAUUCGGUGGUGGCCCAGUGCCAGGCGAGAAGUCCUGGCAAUGAGCUACGCAGCACCGUGGUUGUUCUAUGACGCCGGAGCGCCAUUAGCUACCACAAUUUUUGCUACCGAUGCAAUGGGAAACAGCGAAGUUGAUGCAGGCGGUUAUGGGAUCACAGUUCGUGAUGUUUCAAGGGCGGCAAUCGAACAAAUUUUAGAGUAUGGGGAAUCGCAGAGCCGUUCUGUGUCUCGCCUUUCUGGAGAUUUCACGGGUUUGAAGUUCCCCGAGCGGCCGAUUAAAGCUUCCAAGCCUUUUUCACUACUACCGAAUGAAAUAUUCCAAAACGAGGGAAAGGCUAGGUGGCUUCCAAUGGCUUGGGGACGCUGGAAAACAGUGGAUCACAUCACGCUUGGCGAAGCCAGAGCUGUCGUGAGAUUGGCCCGACUGCUUAGUGUGAGACCGUCUGCGCACAGGCACUUUGUUAUUAGCUUACAAGACAAUCAACCGUGCGCUUGGUCGCACGCAAAGGGGCGAUCAACGUCGUGGCCACUCAAUCGCUUGUGGCGGAUGAAAACAUCAUCACUUCUAGUGUCAGCUAUUCGGCUCUUUUUACCAUGGGUGGAGUCGGCAAUGAUGCCGGCAGACAUGCUCUCAAGACAACAUGAGUAUAUUCCAAGGCAAAAGUUGUUGCGGCCCCCGCAGGCUUGA